GAGGAAGCUACAGGACACACCGUCUCAAGUUUGUGAAGCUACAGAUCUGACAAUUUCUACAGGUGAAGUUGCCACAAUGCAGAAUAUGAAGUGUGUGGUUGUUGGAGACAACAAAGUAGGAAAGACUCGUCUACUCCUCACCUACGUCAAAAAGAUCUUUCCAAGGGAGUACAUAAGUUCCUUUGACAUAUUAAACACCCAAGUAAACAUAGAGAACCAGACUGUCAGCCUGAACCUUCUGGACUCUGCUGGCAGCAAGGACUAUGACCGCAUACGCCCUCUUUCCUACAUCCAAGUCAAUGUCAUCAUCAUCUGCUUCUCCAUCGCUGACCCAACAUCCUUUAACAACGUCAGCCUUAAAUGGCAUCCAGAGGUUAAAAACCAUUGCCCUGAAGUGCCAAUUCUUCUUGUUGGAACCAAGAGUGACCUGCGUAAUGAUCAAGAGGUCUUUGAAAAACUGAAGGGGCAGAAUCAGAGAACAGUCACCCGGGAGCAGGGGACCAAGCUGGCAAAGCAAAUCAAAGCUGUCAGAUAUCUUGAAUGUGCCUCAAUCAACCAGGAUGGACUGGACGACGUGUUUUAUGAGGUUGUAUGAGCAUUUCUCAGCCAUUCAAACAGCAAUAAGAAACACUGUGUAAUCUUGUAAAUUAAAGGCUGACAUAGACAGUUUAUUGAAUAUUGUUUAGUUAAUGUUUGUACAUUCUUUUAUUAGUGUGGAAUGGUUUGUGCUCCUUACUUAAAGACUUCACAUUAGUUAGGUCUUUUUUCAGAAAUGUAAAGAGAACUUUGAAGCAUUUGGAUUCAGCAAUACAGAGUUGCAUUUCACUUUAGUAGCAAAACAAACCGGUACAUGUAUACAUGUUGGCUUGUGGAUAAAGAGUUGGUUCAUUAAGUGUAAAAUUUUGGGUCCAUUGGGUCAAUUUUUUCCUGUUUUAAUAAGACGGAAAUAACGCUAUUUUGACCUUUCAAAGAUUUGCUGUUUAAGCAUUCUAUGAACUGUUUCAAUAGAUCGUUGAAGAAAGAACAUAACAUUUUAUUUCUCAGGUAAUAAAUGUUUUUGGGAGAGGCGCUGACCUGUGAGUUCAAA